GAGGUCCUCAGACUUUUCAGUUAAGACCGUAUUGCUUUUCAUUCUGCCUUUCACAGAAAGUAUUGAAGUAGGCUCUCCAGGAUUUUAACUUUAAUUAUUAGCAUUCUUCAAAUAUUCAGCAUUAUAGCAGUAUAAGAACGUAAAAUCUUCUGCAUGCAAGGUCCCAUAAUGCCACGGAUGCAGGAUGUCAGAAAGCAGAUGCUCUCUGUUAAAAUAUUCACUGGUUGUGUAUCCCUUAUACUUUUCUGGAACAUAGUGCUUCCAAAUAUCACAGGUGAAAAUUACUUCUGGGGAAAACGAGCUGCACUCCUCGCCUCAACAGAUAUGCCUCCAGAUUCUAUAGGUCUUGCACCAGUUAAUUUAACUGACUUGGUUAACACAAUGCUCAACAUGACACUUAAAGGCCAGGAUCAGUUAUUCUCUCUACUGAGUGUUACAUCACACAGUAGCUACGCACUACAUAAGGUUUCAAUUCUAAUCUACAACAUUUCUAAUUUCUGGAACAUAGAUGCCAGUAUUUUCCCAAUGAGAUAUUGUUACUGUGUAAAUAAUAAGACAAAUGAUUUGACAGAAUUUACAGCCUUUCUUGUGGACAUUAUUGGAAAUUCUACCGAAACCAUUCAAGAAGUGUUCAAAUCUAAUACUAUUCUUUCAGUGAGUCAGACAAAUGAAUCAGACUGCAUCUUCUUAUGUGUGAUGGCAGGCCAAACAGACAGAGACCUUUCUCUCCUCUGGAAGAUGGACUUGUAUAGUAAACCUGUUUUCAAUUAUACAACAUUCAGCAAUUUAAACAGCAUCAGUGCUGCCAACAUUAAUUCAUCAGUGCAACCAUCUUUUGCAGACUGGAAUGAAAUAUUUAAAAAGAACAACCCAAAUUUGGUUGAAAAUGGAGCAGAAAAUGGAGCAGAAACACCACAGUUCAUUAAGCAACCUACUUUACAAGAAAAACAAGAAAAUGCAACAAAAGGAUCCAAAACUUCUAAGAAGCCAGAAGGACAUCCAACUCCAGUUUUGAUGAGAUCAGAACAAGCUUCUACAGCAGUUCCAGCAUCUACAGUGGAUAUGCAGUGGCAUACAACAACAAGUACUCCUUCGCUAAUAGACUUCACUACUGAUGAAGAAAUUGAUGAUAAAUGGCCAGUCACAGCAUCAGCAAUGUGUAAGAAUCAUUGCAGAUUUCACUCUUGAUUGUAUGUCUACCUGUAAUUUAUAAAAACAUUUUACAUUACUGAAUGACAUUUAUUUUCAAUAUUAUUGCAAACAUUUUAAAAAAUAUUUUGUGUGAGUUUGACUGCAUGUUGAAAUUAGAUGCUGGCCAGGCUCUGGUUAAGUUAACAUCAAAACUGUGUUAAAACAGAGAAGUAUUAAAAGUUCACAAUUUUAGGGAUUUUUU